UUUAUCACAGCAUACAGAACCAUGUGCAACCUGGUUUCUGUUAUUGACCAUAGCUCCUUUCUUUGCUGAGUGCUGAUGCUACGACCAGGCCUGGCCAUGGCUGAUACAGGGGAAGAAGCAAGUGCUGCAGAGUUCAUGAGUCUUCAUUCUGGUGCCACCACACACAGCACAACAGAGCCUGAGCACAUUGCCUUUAAGGUGGGAUGUUCUCAAUUUCACUGCAAAUAAAUGUGCUGCACAACUUCCAGCAGUAUCACAAAGCCCUGAUGAAACUAAACAUCUGCAUUUACUGAUGAGAAAUUUGUCCAUGCACCUGCAGAUUUCAAGCUGUGUGUGAGAACCACAGAAUCACAGAAUGUCAAGAGGUUGCAGUGGACUUUAAAGAUCAUCCCGUCUCAACCCCCAUGCCAUGCCAUAGGCAGAGACAUCUCCCACUAGACCAGGCUGGCUCAAGGCCUUAUUCAACUUCAGUGCUGCAAAGGCUGGGGCACUCACAGCUUCUCUGGGCAACCCAUUCCAGUGUCUCAUUCACUAUCACAGUGAAGGAUUUCUUCCCAAAAUCUCACCUAAAUUUCCUCGCUUAACUGGUACCCAUUACUGCUUGUCCUGUUACUACAGAUCCUCCGCCCAGCACUUCCCUUCAGAUACUGGGAGGUUGCUAUGGAGUCUCCGCACACCCUUCGCUUCCUCUCCUCACCAGGCUCCCUCCGCCUGUCUUUGCAGGGGAGAUGCUCCAGCCCCUUAUCACGUUCAUGGCCUCCUAUGGACUUCCUUCAUCAGUUUCACGUCUUUCUUCUGUUGGGGACCCCAGAGCUGGAUGCGAGGUUCCAGGUGGGGUCUCACCAGAGGGAAGCAGAGCGGCAGCAUUCCCACCCUGUUUUUGACGCGGCCCAGGAUAGGGCUGGUGUUCUGUGAAGUCUCAGAUGUCCUCCGGCCGACGAGCCUUCUCCUGUCACGCACACCAGCGGGACGGGCCCGGCGCGGGAGCCGGGCCGAGCCGCCCCCUCCCCGCGGCCCCGGCGGCGGCGGCGCGGGAGGGGAGGGGGAGCGGCGCCCCGUGCGUGCCGCAGCCGGUCACGUGGGCGGCGGGACCGGGGCCGGGGCCGCGAGAGGCUGAGGCGGCGCCGGCAGCAGCGAUGGCGGCGGCGGCGCUGGGCGGGCUCGGCCUCCUGCGCGCCCGGCUCAGGCUCGCAGCCGCAGCCGCCGCGACCUCCGCCGCCCUCGGCCGAAGCGGCCACCGCGCGCCCCCGCUGCGGAGAGGCGUCGCCGCCGCCGCUUUCCCCUCGGCCGGGAGGAGCUACGGCUCCCAGGCGAAGGAAGAGGAGGAGCUGCGCGUCCGGUACCUGGAUGAUGAGCACAAAGGAAUUGUGGUGCUUGGAUUAAACAGAUCUCAUGCCAAGAAUGCACUUAGCAAAAAUCUUGUAAAAAUGAUAUCAAAAGCUGUGGAUGCUUUGAAAUCUGAUAAGAAAGUACGAACUGUUGUAUUCCGGAGCGAAGUCCCGGGGAUAUUCUGUGCUGGUGCUGACCUUAAGGAAAGGGCAAAAAUGCACUCAAGUGAAGUUAGUUCUUUUGUCUCCAGAGCAAGAGCAACUAUUAAUGAAUUGGCUAAUCUGCCUGUACCUACUAUUGCUGCAAUAGAUGGAACUGCCUUAGGUGGUGGCCUAGAACUUGCAUUAGCCUGUGAUAUACGGGUGGCAGCAUCUUCUGCUAAAAUGGGCCUAGUUGAAACAAAGUUGGCGAUCAUUCCAGGUGCAGGGACCAGUAGCAAUGAGAGUUGCAAAACUGGCUAUCAAUCAGGGAAUGGAGGUCGACUUAGUAACAGGUUUAGCAAUUGAAGAAGCUUGUUAUGCUCAGACUAUCCCAACAAAAGAUAGAAUUGAAGGCCUUCUUGCAUUUAAGGAGAAGAGACCUCCUCGCUACAAGGGAGAAUAAAAGAAUCUGAUGCCUUUAAAAUACAGGGGGAUAAAUGUACUUCUAUGAGGACCAUUAAGGUGCACUUUGCAUCUGCACCUGGAAUAUCACAGUCACCAAAGUAACAGCAAAUCAUACAGAUGUUUCAACAUUUUGAAUGUGUCCAUACUUGUACGAAGCUGAGGUAGAAAUGUGUGUCAGCUCAUGCUCAUUACAGUUUCUGAUGGUUGAUCUGUGUGUUGGCAAAGUCACUGGUUCAUGCAGCAUUUUUAAGAUUUCACAUGUAUUAAACAUACCAUUCCACAAUUGAAAAAGCUCUGUAAUUCUUUACAUAGACAAAAUGUAUCUGUGAUGUUAAGCAUAAAGCUGCAAUAUCAUUUUAUCAGAACAAGAGCAACUACUGAACACCAAAAAUAAGAAAUUGUACCAAAUAUGCAUUUAAAUGAUUCUGUAUAUCAGUAAAAAUUAUAUUUGAGUAUUCUAUCGGAAUAUCUAUAUUAUUAAUAAAGCUAGGGGAAAUUAAAAAGGUUAUAAUUUAGAAAAUGUUAAGCUUUGUUUAUCUUACUCUAUCCCAAGCAAAAUUAAAUUCACUUUGGCACUUAAUGGUGUCCUUUUGAUAAAGUUGUUGCCAUUAUGUUAAUUUCAUUGUGUUAAAUGAAGACAUUUUCAAGGCCAACCUUUAAUUAUACAUUCUUGUAUGUUAAACCUGGUUUUGUCCUGCGUUUUUCCAACAUCUCAUCUGAUCAGCACUGUAAUGAUACUUUAUAUUCACUAAAUAACCCAGUUAUUUUAAUUUUUUUGAUGAUUGUAUUAAAGAUGGUUGUACGGGGAUAUGACCAAUGUGCUGUAAUAGAGCCUAGAAUUAUCUUAUCCUCCGUAAUAUUACUUUUGCAAGUUUUAUGAAUGUAUAUUUAUAUACAACAGGGAUGAUGUUGAAAGGUUCUUUAUUUUGUGGUGGCCUCAGUGUUCUGUUUUGUAGCACAGAAAUUCAGUUUUCUUUUCAUACAUUUUCAAGGUAAGAAAACUUGUGAUUCAUACUGUGUAUUUGCAGUGGAUGCAGCAUAUACAGCAAAUAUCUGGAAAUAACCUCUUAGAAAGUAUUUUUUGUUAAUUUGACUGGAAAAUAAACAUGGCUUAGCAGUUUGA